GCCUCUUUCAGGAAGGUGGCUCAUUUCAGCUCAGCUCACACAGAACAGUGGAACACUUUCGAGAGUUGCUUAGCUGGAAAGCCAAGGGAAGCACCUGGGAGCUGGCACGAAUUGCACAGCGGGCUUCAGGCGCUUUGAUGAUCGACAGGUGGUGGUGCUUCUCUGAGCUGCAUUUGGCGGUCCUUCCAUCUGCAUCUGGGAAGGAAAGCGGCUAAGGGAUACGUGGGGGCAUCCGUAAGCACACAAUGAAGGCUGCGCUGUCAUUCAUGCGCCAGAGGGUGCCAGAAAGACCUGGCGACAGCAGUCUGCCUGUUGAAGGAGGCAAGCAGGGCCAGUCAGGGUCUCUGAAAGUAGAGCAAGCUCGUUCAGUGCUGCAACGAUUCUUUGGACACGCCCACUUCAGGGGCCAGCAAGAAAGAGCUGUUUUGGCGGCGCUCAAUGGCCGGGACUGCUUUGUCCUCAUGCCAACAGGUGGAGGCAAGUCUGUGUGCUAUCAAUGUCCAGCACUUUGUGGAAGAGGCCUUGCACUGGUGGUUUCACCACUUAUAGCCCUCAUGGAGGAUCAAGUUGCUGCCUUGAAGAGGAAGAACGUCCCAGCAGAGUUCCUCUCUUCCACUCAGAAGACGUCAUUGAAAGCGGAGAUCUACGACGACCUGGCAUCCGGGCGACCAGAAACCAAGCUUCUCUAUGUCACCCCCGAGCUGAUCGCAACCAAGGGCUUCAUGGCCAAGCUCAGGAAACUGCACGGGAGAGGCCUGCUCAGUUUGAUUGCCAUUGACGAGAGUCAUUGCAUCUCUGCCUGGGGCCACGACUUCCGGCCAAGCUACGGGCGCCUUGCCGCACUCAAAGAACAGCUCCCAGGUGUGCCAGUCAUGGCCCUAACGGCCACUGCAAACAAGACAGUUCAAGAAGACAUCCUGCGCUCGCUCAACUUGGAACGGCCGCUCAUUUUUCAAGCUUCUUUCAACCGACCGAACAUCCGCUACGAAGUGCGCUUCAAGGACGUGUUGCCCGGCCAGGACCCGUACCGGGACCUCGUGCGGCUGCUUAAUGCUGAGCCGGGCCAGUGCGCGAUCGUGUACUGCCUCUCGCGCAGCAGCUGCGACGGGCUCGCGGCUAGGCUGUUGAGCAACGGCAUCCCUUGUAAACCGUACCAUGCCGGUUUGCCGGACGCCGAGCGGUCGCGCACCCUCAAGGACUGGGUCACCGGGAGGAUCCCCGUCGUUGCAGCCACUAUAGCUUUCGGGAUGGGGAUCGACCGAGCGGACGUCCGGCUCGUGGUUCACUUCAACAUGCCCAAGUCGAUCGAAGGCUUCUACCAAGAGUCAGGCCGUGCGGGGCGUGACGGGCAGCCCGCAAAAAGCGUUCUGUAUUACGGAAGCGAGGACGAGUCCCUGAUGCAAUUCAUUCUUCGAAAGGAGGUCGCGAAGAUGCAGCAGAAACAGGGACCAAAGGCCGCCAACACGGAGCACGCAUAUGAGGCGUUCCAAGAGGUCGUCAAGUACUGCCAAGAAGCGGGCUGCCGCCGGAAGAGACUGCUUGCUUACUUUGGUGAAAACGUAGACGUCAGCUUGUGCGAAGGUAAAGGCUGCGACGCCUGUGCGGACCCCCAGAAGCUGGACCUCAUGCUCGCGCAACUGGCCCGGAAAAUGAGCGAGCGAGCCGCGGGAACGAGCAACUACCGGGGAAACAUGGCUUCCAGCACGGCCGUGGAGGACGGGUACGAGUACCCCAAGAGCUACCGGGACAGCGAGUUUUGGAACCGGGACGACGAGGACGGCGCCCCGAAAGAGGGAGAGGACGACGUAUCUGAAAGUUCUGAGGACGAGGAGGCAGUUGCUGCGGCUCAGCGCGUUUCAAAGUCUUUGGGAAAGCAAGCCACCUUCAAAGAGAGCCUCAACAAGUACGAACGGGCGGAAGAAGCGUACGACCGACAAAGCCUCAAGUCCAAGAGCGCGGCGGCGAGCAACCGGAACGCCAUCACGGACGCGCUCCGGGAGCAGAUUCGGCAGAACGUGCUGCAGAAGCUGGAGAAGAGCCCGGCGGCAGCGUCGACAUCCAAAGAAACGCUGAGUAACGCGGCCCGGGAACUGGAGCGCGAGUCCUUUGCCAAGUGCGGCAAGAGCAGCCGGGAAGUGUACAAGAGCCACGCUCUCGGGCUGAUGCGAUGGGCCGCGAACGCGACCCUGGAACAACUGUGCGCGCGGUUCGGAGCGCUCUUCGAGGCGUCCGAUGGCGCAGCGAGUGCCAGUGGGAGCGCUAGCAAAGUGGUGACAGGAGUUGAAGGCCAGCGGCAAACGGCAGCGGCUUUGUCCGGCCAGAAACGGAAGAUAGACGGCAGCAGUACUAAGAAAAAUGUUGUGGGCAGGAGUUCGGUAGAUGCGUCAAAGCAGAGAGGGAUCGGGACGGGACCGGAGCAGUUUUCGCAGCCGCCCCCAAUCCUGUCGUUUGACGAGUUUCGGGAGCAAGAGAAGGUGCAGCGGAAGAAAGCAACGUGCAAAAACAGUGACGCUAUCGACCCUUAGAACCGAGAAUGUUGGAUGGAGACCUGAAGUCCUUUGUCUCGAUUUUUCAUUUGAUCGAGACUGAGUCUGGAUUCCAAGUAGAUGAGCUACGGGGAGACUGUCCGUUAACAUCUUACAGUCUUUGGCAUGCAUAUUAUUUGUGGAGGAUUCUUGUAGAAAGUGAGCA